GCAUAAGUCGCGUUCCAAAACUGCUACACCGCGGUGGCGGGCAUCACGAAUUCUCGCGUGGAGGCUCCACAAACCGGGAGCCGCGGAGUGCGAGGAAACCAGUGGAGAGGCAGCAGCAGCAGCGAGCCCAGAGAAGAAUCGAGCCCAGAGCAACAUCGAGCCCAGAGCAACAUCGAGCCCAGAGAAGCAUCGAGCCCAGAGCAACAUCCAUCCCAACGCCACCGUGAGGAUUCCAGCCCCACGUCCUCCUCCUCCUCCUCACCUCUUCCUCACCUCCUCUUCCUCACCAGUCUCGGGGGCUCAUCGCUCCACCGGCUCUCGCACGAGCGCGAGGCUCACCGCACCCACAGCACAACACGGAGGAGGAGUUCGCAUUAAAAAGGGAGCUUGGAGAUUGUUCAUGGGGGUUUUUUUUCCUCCCCAUCCAGAAAUAACGAGAUUUAUUUAGGUUUAGAAAUAUCAUCCACCCGUACGUAGUGCAGGUGUAUCGAUCAAACAUCAAGAUUACUGCAAUUUUUUCUAUUUGUUUUCUUACGACUCCAAAAAAGGACUUUGGUGUGUCUUCACGUUCUGGUGCCAUCACCUCGUGAGCCACCAACCCCCGCCGCCCGCCCCCACGCCUCCGGUUCAACAAUUUGGAUCGUACCAAAGCCUGCGCGUGGGCAUCGACACAACGCCGGCAGCUCGGAGGUCGCCGACGACCAAACGGCCGCCUCAGUCGUCCUUGUGUCCUCGAGCGGAGGGAUGCUAAGAUGUCCACGAACGCGUCCCUGAUUCGAAUUCCCUUCUCGGACCUUGAGAUCGGAGAGCUGUGUGGCGGCGGCAGCUAUGGCACGGUGUACCGAGCCAUCUGGGUGCCGCAGGACAAAGAAGUGGCCGUCAAGAAACUUCUCAAGUUUGACCGGGAGGCAGAGAUCUUGAGCGUCCUCAGCCACCGGAACAUCAUCCAGUUCUUUGGAGCCGUCACCGAAUCUCCCAACUACUGCAUCAUCACAGAAUUCGCGUCUCGCGGGUCGCUCUACGACUACCUGUGCGGGGACGAGAGCGAUGACAUGGACAUCGACCAGGUGCUGCCCUGGGCGAUGGACAUUGCUAAAGGAAUGAAUUACCUUCACACCGAGGCCCCGGUCAAAGUAAUACAUCGCGAUUUGAAGUCGAGAAAUGUUUUGAUCACGUCGGACAACACACUAAAAAUCUGCGACUUUGGCGCGUCGCGGUUUCACGGCCACACGACCAACAUGACGAUGGUGGGCACCUUCCCGUGGAUGGCUCCCGAGGUCAUCCAGAGCCAGCCCAUCUCCGAGACGUGCGACACCUACUCGUUCGGAGUGGUCCUGUGGGAGAUGCUGACGCGCGAGGUGCCCUUCAAGGGCUUCGAGGGGCUGCAGGUGGCCUGGCUCGUCGUCGAGAAAAACGAGAGACCGACCAUCCCCAGCAGCUGUCCCGCCAGCUUCGCCAACCUCAUGCGGCAGUGCUGGGAAGCUCAGCCCAAGCGCCGCCCACACUUCAAGGAGGUCCUGCAGGCGCUCGAAGCCAUGCUCAACGACAGUCGACUGCCAAAUCAGUGCAACUGCUUCCUGCACAACAAGGCUGAGUGGAGGGGCGAGAUCGACGCGAAACUGGAGCGACUCAAGGAGCUGGAGCGAGACUUGAGCAGCAAGGAGGAGGAACUGCGGGAGCGCGAGCGGCGGCUCGAGAUGUGGGAGCAGCGGCUCCGCGAGCAGGACAGCUUCACUCCGCUCUACGUGCCGCUGGCCAUGAGCCUCUCGCGCGAGUCCUACUUCGAGUCGCACACGGCGGAGACGAACAGCGCCGAGGUGUCCUGCAAUUUCAGCCUCAGCAACGAGGCCCGCGGGCGCAGGCUGCGCCGUGGCUCCAGCUCCGGCCACUCGUCCGGCAGCGGCGACGGCAUCCAGAGCGUGGUGCAAGGGCUGCAGGACAUCCUGUCAUUGACGUCGGGCCCGACGCACCCUCUGCUCAGCUCGGGCCUGCAGGUCAACCUGCAGGCCCAGCACAACGCGAGCGCCAGCGGCAGCCUGCGCCAGGGCAAGAAGGUCAAGCUGGACCUGGGGCCGCGCUUCCACUGGACGAGCUGGGAUGACGACUGAGCGGCGACGAUGCGAGAACGAGAGACGAAAUGAAGUGCACAGUCCACACAGCCCACUGUGACACGGUCGAACCCGAUCCCACUCACAACCACGAUCCCACUCACAACCACAAUCCCACUCACAACCACGAUCCCACUCACAACCACAAUCCCACUCACAACCCUGAUCCAACUCACAGCCACGAUCCCACUCACAGCCCCAAUCCCACUCACAACCCUGAUCCAACUCACAACCACAAUCCCACUCACAACCCCAAUCCCAUUCACAACCCCAAUCCCAUUCACAACCCCAAUCCCAUUCACAACCACGAUCCCACUCACAACCACGAUCCCACUCACAAGCACGAUCCCACUCAUAACCCUGAUCCCACUAAAAACCCCGAACUCACUCGCAACCACGAUCCCACUCACACCCUGAUCUCAAUCUCACCUUAAUCCUACUCCCACCCUGAUUGCACUUCCACCCUGAUCCCACUCUCAUCCUGAUCUCCCUCUCACACCCGAUCCCAAUCCCACCCGAAUCCCGCUCCCGAAUACAAGUUCUCUCAGCUGGGGGAGGUCUCUGCACUGUCGACCACUGGGUGUAGUUACGCGUCGUUCGUAUGUCGCUUGAUCACAUUGAUGGCCUGGCUCAUUACGUGUCUAAUAACAACAACAACUAAAAUCACUUCAUUUAGUCCGGUACAAGCAACCACGUGUGGGCUCUGUCCAAUUGCUCCCAGCGUCACACUCCACGGAAGAUGAAUUACUCGGUUUACUGAUGACAGGGAUGAUAUGUCAGUAAGCAUCUAGCCUGAGACUUUAAAGUGAUUAACAGCGUCAGGCUUUACCUCCCUAUAAGUGAAACUAAAUAAGUUCUGGGCCCGAUUUGUUUUGGUGGGAGGGGUAAUAUGAAACAAUUGGUUUUAGAUUGUAAUAGUUUUAAGCAUAGGCUUGACUGUAUUAGUGGCAACAUUUAACUCCACUCGCAUUGUUAGAGUAUGACGUCACGGUGGGCCACAGCAUCAAACACUGGACGCGAUUGAAGCUGUCUCCGUUUGAACGACGCAGGGGAUGGACCAGAGAGAAGUGGAGAGGCCCACUGCAAUGGAGCGGUCAUGGCAUCAGUGGCUCCAAAGGCCAAGGGACUUCCUGAAGAAGUCACAGUCGUCUCUAUGUAUAUAAUACACACACACACACAAACACAAGGCAAAGAUACCCUACUUCGUGCCGUAGAAGAUAAUCGCCUAUUUUCUGGACUGUAAGACACUCCAGAAAAUAAGUCGCGCCCGGAACAUGUGCCCGAUAUCAAUAAAGUCACACAAAUAUGAUCGCGCGCACACACACCGACCGGGUUGUAAGACAAAACCUUAAAAUAUUGCUUUAAAAUACGCGGCGAGGGGGGGGGGUGUGUCUCAUAAGCUAUAGAUGACGGUAAAUAUUGGGCAUGGUCAUUAUCCAUAUUAGGAGGCCACAUUCAUCGUAUCGGGUCAUGGGGGUCAGGGGUCAUGGAGCCUCAUCCCAGCCAGCUGAGAAGCACCUCUUGCGUGGGAUGGAGCCGCCUUGGAGGUUAUCCUAAUCUUACAGAGAGAGAAAAAACCACUGCAUUUGUAUUAACUGCGCUUAAUUAUUUUGCACAGCUCAUGUGUGAACUUUUGGGUUCAUGAAGCCUGGUUGCAUCUGCUUUUGCUUUUUCCAAAAAGCCGUCCUGUGGAUGCAAGCUCGAAGUCGUCGUGGGCAUUCUAUUGAUCAGUCAUCAGCCGUGGCUAAAUUAUUAACAGACAUGCAGCUUAACUGUACUAUUCACAAAUAACAUUGCGUGUAUUUUAUAUGAAUAUAUGUAUACACAUUGUGGUGAGUGUUGUCGUGGUGGUUAGCGUACUGCACUCCUGUGUAGGCAUUUUCCCCCAUUAACGAUUCAAUGAUUUUCACUAUUAAGUGUCAGGAUUCAUUAAUACGUUUUACAGUGGUGAAUACUGUACAGAAUUAUAGCACCUCCAGUUCACGUAAACCGAUUACAAAUUAUUAUUGAAUUGAAAUCAAUUUGAUUUCCACGCGCGUGACUGGAUGCAUGUAUUGUGAGCGUGAUAAUCGAUUUAACACGUAGGCUUUUGCGACCAAUAUCAUCCAUAAUAUAGGUGUUUUCGCAUCAAUAUAAAUGUGUCGUUAAACCCGCCACCACCCGACACGGCCAAUUAGUAAGGUUUGUCACGUAAACAGAACAUGGCAAGUCGUUACUAGUACAGCACAGCGGUGUGUUGGAGAGCAAAACCACAACAUUUACAACCUGAUAACCUUACAUUUUGGCUGUGUCGGGUGGUGGGUUUAGCGACACAUUUAUAUUUACGCGAUCUAACCCCAAAAAAACUAUAUUAUGGGUAAUAAUCGAUGCAACGAGAUGAGCCGAUGCGUCGUCACGUGUCAUAGCUGUCUGUGGACGAUGACCAGUGGCAAUUACUAACUGAACCUUGCCUCCUCCAAGUUGACAUCAGAAAAUUGGGGAGACAAAGGUGAUCAGGCAUGCCCACUUCUAGGCAAAUCACCACCUUGUGUGCUGUGCUGGUCAGUCUUAAAAGGUGCUCUCGACAACAGCACUUGUGCCAAAGGGUAAACUAAUAUUUUAUUUUCUUGGUUCUUUCGGUAAAGUCACGUAGAAGGGAAGUAAUAAAAUAAAAAUGUUUUUUUUUUACUUCCCUUCUACGUGACUUUACCGAAAGAACCAAGAAGAUGAAUCCCUGCAGUCACGAAAGCUUUAAAUCGAAAUUAAAUAUUUUAUUCUCUGCCUCUUACAGGUAUCUCCCUUGCCAUGCAGUUGGAUGUCCCACACAUGAUAAGACACAAUUUUAUUAUUAAUCUUUUGAGUGUCAAAAACAUUGUUGAGAUACUUUAUGUGACUAGGACUAACCCUUGAGAUUCACAUUUGCUUACAAAGGGAUAUUUGCCAGAUGGCAGCGAUUCAUCCGUUCCGCAAAAAAUUGAAUGCAAAUGUCUCGGAGUGGGUGAUGGAGCUGUGGUGCAGCAGUUAGCGCACUGCCCUAUGAACUCGCUUCCCUGAGUUCGAUUCCUGACAAUGGCGAACAUCAGUGGCCAGUGAUAUCUGAUCGUGUCAAGUGCACCCCUUCACCAACUUACAUAAAGCAGUGUGGUGAAGUAAGUUUAAAUAAACCAUGAUCGACAUGGUGUGGAGAGGUCUACAUCCAGCAGUGGAUUGACAAAGGGGAUUUAAAAAAUAAAACGAAAGGUACAGAAUGUUGUAGUUAUCAAAUUGUAUUAUGGUACAAAGGAGACAUUUGGAUGCGAAAAUAAUUGGAUUGCGUCUUACGUGUGAUCCUCUAACCCCAGUAACAACCUUUCUGAUGAGGGUUUAAUUUCAGCCGGGUCGGAACACGUCGGCAACCACUGACAAUAUGUUCACACCCGGCACACCACGUCCAGGAUACCUGCCGCUAUGGCAGUGGCUACUUGUCACGUGCCACCUUCUGGUCUUCCAGCGACCAGUGAAGUUUGCCGUGAGCAACAAAACCCCGUGUGAGGUUUCAUGCGUCCGUGAAGAACACAGAGCUGGCUCAUCUAUGCGACGUUAAAACACUGAAUGGGUAUACGUUGUAGUGACGUCAGUGCGAUCCACCCGUACACGAGCGGAGUCCACAAACUCUGUGCGUGUUCGAGUGCUCAAGGAGGCCACGCGGCACAAACUCCAGUCCCCUAGGAAUCCCACCAUCCAGCUCCUAGCGCUUACAAUUUAACGCGGGGCGGUAACGUGGAGAAAUAAAUUGCGAGCAGUCAGUCCCACUCAACGAUUGGAACUUUUAGUUGAGAAAAAGAAGAGUAAUACAGAAUGUACAUGUCUGGGGAUGAGUGGCGCAGUGGUUAGCGCACUGCUCUAUGAGCCUGGCCACCAUAUGGCUACAAUCGGCGAGUGAUAUUUGAACCCGUUCUAGGACCCCCCCCCCCCCCGCAAACCGCACCACCUCGCGUGGUGAAGUAUAGUCAAACAACCUCCCACGCCCCACAUGGCGCCUUGAGGCCUUCAUCGAGCAAGCGGUGGAUUAACAAAUGGCUGUAUAUGUCUACGUUUCUUUACUGCGGAAAACGAUGGCAUUUUUAACCCAGACUUUUUGGGACAACCUCUGCACGCUCGCCCGAGGAAUUGGGUGCCCACAUUGUACCUCACAACUGUUAAUGAUCUGUUGAGCCAUUUACUGCGGUGUUUCGCUUUUUUUAGUCUGGCUGGUAUAAGGUGACUGUGGUUGAUGCGAAUUGCUGAAUAAUUCAAGGUCCCUGAGCUGAACCAAUCCGAAGUGAUGGGUUUUUAUUUUAUUUUUUAAUCUGUCAAUGGGAAAUGUUGGUGAACGUGAAUUGUGGAUCGUACGAGGGUUCCGAAGGACACGAGUUGUGAACCCGCCACAUUGGACCGUAUGGGAGAGCACAACUUUGGGAAGUCACAUGUGAAUACUUUUCGUCAUUUUUAUAAGCCAAGCCUGAGAAAACUUUCAAUAAAAAAGAGUCGUGUGAAA